AUGGAUUUUACGGAAAAAACGAAAACGCCACAUCCUCCAAUGAAUCAAAAACUUCACUAUUCCCCGUCUUCCCUAUCACAAAUUCUUCUCUUCAAAUCACGACUUCUUCGGUUUCUCAAUAAGAUACCAGCUUUGUUCAUCCCUAAGUGUGAGUUAAUCUUCAGACACUUGUUGUUCAGAAUUGGCUUUGAGGAGGAGAAGAAUUUCCAUGUUGUUUUAAAUUCUGUAAUAGCUGGCCGCUAUCAUGUCACCGAGUAUUUGGGAGCUGCUGCAUUUAGUAAAGCCUUACAAGCUCAUGACAUGCACACAGGUGUGGAUGUUUGUAUUAAAAUUAUAAAGAACAACAAGGAUUUCUUUGAUCAAAGCCUUGAUGAAAUCAAACUUCUCAAGCAUGUUAACAAGCAUGAUCCUGGAGACAAGUAUCACAUUUUGCGAUUAUAUGAUUAUUUCUAUUUCAGAGAACAUUUGUUAAUAGUGUGUGAACUACUCAAAGCCAACUUAUACGAGUUUGAUAAAUUUAACAGAGAAUCAGGAGCAGAAGUUUACUUCACAAUGCCAAGGCUGCAGGUUUGUGGAGUUCUGCUCACAUUCUGAUGUUAGUUUUCAUUUUAUCUAAUAGAGGCCAAAGUCGGCCUCCACGGAAAUUAAGCUUCUAGUUUUGAUCUUUAAUACACACUUGGUCUAAUUUACCCCAAAAUUUACUGCUUGAUCCUUGAUUCGUGUUUUUCCCCCGGUGAUGGCAUUGUUUAGAUGCCAAUUUGUGUAAGUCGUAUUUGCUCUGUUAUGUUGUA